AUGGCCGACGAUUCCUUGGCUGCGAAUCGAUCCCGUCGGUCCCGCUCCGAUCGUUCAGGACGUCAGGCAGCUUUGGAGAAAUUCAAAGCAGUGAAGUCCGGUCAGAGGGCAAAGUAUGACCUCAUAGAAAAUGAUGACAACCUCUUCGAAGAAGUCACUGAGGAAGAGUACAACCAGAGAGUUAGCGAUAGGAGAUCCAAUUUCGUCGUUGAUGAGAACGGUGAUUACAAGGACAACGGCUACGAAAUCUUCGACGAAGAGUACGAAGAGGCCGAAGAAGAAGAGCGGAAAAAUAAACCCAAGGUAUCCUAUAAAGCUCCUAAGGGUAUCAGAAAGAAACGGCAAGAUGCCGCGAAAUCCGGGAACAUCAGAUCGAUGUUCCUCGCUGCGCCCCACAAGCGGAAGGCGGAGAACGCCUCCUUGGAGGACGACAAGCUCCUCGAGCAGCUGAUGAAGGCCAAGGGCCUGAACGCGGACGACGACGAUGAGGAGGAGAACAUCCCGCGCGCAAAUCCGAAGAAGAAACAGAAAAGCGAGGUGUCUGUGAAUCCAUUCGCGUCCGUGAAAAAACCUCAAAACAUCAAACCACCUCCAAGGCCUAAACCUCAAGGAGACGCUCCGAUACCUGGCGUCUCCGCUAAUGGGAAGACUCCAGCAGCAGAGGAAGCUAACGUCCAGUCCACAAACUUCCCAGAUGAAGAAGACUCGAUGAGUAGCAUGCCCGACGUUUCAGUCGCAGAUGACACGCGUGACGAGAAGACCCCUGCCAACGAACUCGUCGGAGACGUCAAAGUUCCGGAUGAAAACACCGUCCGAGAGGAAGACGAUCCCAAACCGGUGGUCCCCACGAUCAAAGCCGAGGAAGUCUCACAAUUAGAGGGACCAUCCUCCGCAGGCGGCUUCAAAGAAGUGAAUAUGAAUUCCUUCAACGAGGACGACUUCGACGAUGAGCCGGAAGUGAAACCCCAGACUGCAGCCAAGCUGCCUGCUGAUUUGCCCGUCUCUGAGAACCCGGACGGAGAAACGGUAUUCCGAUUGUUCUGGCUAGAUGCGUACGAAGAACCAUACGCACAUCCAGGUACGGUAUAUGUAUUCGGGAAGACGACAGUGUCAAACAGUUCUGUCAGCGCUGCGAUCGUCGUGAAGAAUAUACCGAGGAAAUUGUUCUUCCUACCGAGGGAGCGCGAAAACGAGAAUGGAAUGAUGUGUCCGAUACCCUUCAAGUCGGUCUAUGAUGAAGUCAAGGAGGUUCUGAAGCAGCACGGAAUCAAGGAAUUCCGAUGCAAAGAAAGCGAGAAGAUGUUCGUUUUCGCCACUCAGGGUGUGCCGCGCAAAGCGAACUACCUCGAGGUCCAGUACAAUCCAGCGAAAGCCAUGAAGACUCUUCCGGGUGAUUUGAGCGGACAAACGUUUUCCAAAGUUUUCGGGACGAGUACCUCGAGUCUCGAAGCUCUGAUCCUCGACCGGAAGCUCAAGGGACCCUCGUGGCUAGAUGUGAAACAACCAGAGUCCGCUCACUUGCACAACACCACGUGCAAGUUCGAAAUCGAUUGCCAAGAUUUGAAGAAUAUCAGCGUGAGCUCAGUUCAGGCAGGUCCCCCCGCCCUGAGCAUUCUCACUCUGCAAGCGAGGGCGGUCAGGAACGAGAAAAACUCCAGAGAUGAGGUGGUGAUGGUUGCCGGCCUCGUCCAUGACGAUUAUCCGUUGACGAAACCACCCCCGGCGAAGUUGUUCACUCAACACUUCUGCUUCGUCACGACGUCUAGCGACAGAAGUCUCCCCUAUGAUUUCAAGAAAGAAUUGGCCUCCGAGAGGAUAAAAAUCAAGCCGUGCGAGAACGAGAGGAUGCUCAUUUCUCAACUCAAUUCCCAAAUGACGAAAUGCGACCCGGAUAUAAUCGUGGGUCACGAUGCGAGCAGUUUCACCCUCCCGGCGAUUUUGACAGCGAUGGAACGCCACAAAAUCGUGAAACCUUCGGCGUUGUCUCGAUUGUGCCGCUCGAACAUUCAAAGCGUGAACGUAUCAAAGCUCGAUCGGACUCAACUUUUGCCCGGCAGAGUAAUCUGUGACACAAAAUUGUCCGCGAAGGAGCUGAUUCAAGCGAAAAGCUACGAGCUCAGCGACCUGGUCAGCGACGUCCUGAAUGCGAAUCACGAUGAAAUUUCGGCGGACGCGUUCAAGGAGAUGCUCUCGAGAACCCCAUCCUUGAAGGUGCUCUGUAAACACAUCAUGCACGAGAGUCAAUUCGUAAUCAAGCUGCUCGCGGAGCUCAACAUCCUCCCGCUGGCUUCGCAGAUCACGACGAUCUGUGGCAACACUCUGACUCAAACCCUGCAGAAAGGUCGCGCUUUGAGAAACGAGUACUUGCUACUGCAUGCAUUCACCAGCAAGAACUUCAUCGUUCCGGAUAAAGAGAGCCGACGUGCGCAAAAAAAGAAGCAACAGAACGAAGCAGACGAGGGAAAAACUGGGGACAAGAAGAAGGGUCCCGCAUACUCCGGGGGUCUCGUUCUUGAUCCCAUAGUGGGCUUCUACGACUCGAUGGUGCUAUUGAUGGAUUUCAACUCUCUGUAUCCAUCGAUCAUUCAGGAGUACAACCUGUGUUUCACUACGUGCGCGCUCACCCCGCCGGAAGAUAAUGCAGCCGCGGCGGAGGCCGAUUGGGAAGCCCAGAUUCCGCCGGCGACUGUAGACACUGGGGUCCUCCCUUUCGAAAUACGAAAGCUCGUGGAGAAUCGUCGCACGGUGAAAGAUCUCUUGAAGACGCCGAAUCUUUCUCGAGAGAAGAAGCUACAGUACGAUAUCAGACAGAAAGCGCUGAAACUGACGGCCAAUUCCAUGUACGGCUGUCUUGGUUUCCAGGGUUCGCGAUUCUAUGCGAAGCCGAUCGCCGCUCUCAUCACCCAAAGAGGUCGUGAUAUCCUCAUGAGCGCGAAAUCCAUGGCCGAGUCGAUGGGCUAUUCCAUAAUAUACGGUGACACGGACUCGAUCAUGAUCAACACUUGCACCAGAGACAUAGCCCAAGUCAAAGAGAUCGGCAAGAAACUGAGCAAGGCCAUCAACGAUCAAUACAAACGUCUAGAGAUCGAAGUCGACGGGGUCUUCAAAUCCAUGCUGUUACUUAAGAAGAAAAAAUACGCUGCGCACACUCUGACCUUCCUGCCCGAUGGUUCGUUGGCAGGUGGGAAGAUCGAAGUCAAAGGUCUCGAUAUAGUGAGACGAGAUUGGUCGGAGCUGGCCCGCAAAACGGGGCGAUUCGUUGUAGACACCCUGCUCAAAGGCGAACUCAGCGCUGACGACGCUGUCGACGCCGUCCAUGAUCAUCUGCGGGAGGUUGGCAAGAAGGUGAACGAUAACGCCCUGCCAUUCGAAGAUUAUGUCAUCACGAAACAGCUGACGAAGAACGUCGAGGACUAUCCGGACGCGAAAAAUCAAUCACACGUGCUCGUCGCGAAACGUUUCAACGCGAGAGGUGCCAAGAAAUUACGGGCGGGCGAUACGGUGCAGUACGUCAUCUGUGAAGAUGGCACGGAGAAUCCGCACACGCAACGGGCUUAUAGUAAAGAGGAGAUGGAAUCCAAGGAGUUUGCGAACAAGCUCACGGUGGACAGGAAUUACUACCUAACCCAACAGGUUUUCCCUGUGGUGUCGCGUCUCAUCGAGCCCAUCCGGGGAACCGACGCCGCUGUCGUCGCUCAAUGUUUGGGCCUCGACCCGAGCAAGUACAACCGACGAACGAACUUCGACCCAUCGGGAAUGGUCGAUUCUGAGCUUGCUGUCGGCAUUUCCCUCCUGUUACCGCAGAGUCUGGAUUCAGAUCUCUUCCAAAAUGUUGAAGCAUUCACCGUGAAUUGCACGAAAUGCGACAAUCCUAUAUCGGUCGAUGGUUUCGUGUUCAAGAAUAUGGACGGCCAAACGAAGUUCCUCUUCUCUGACUGCGGCAAGUGCCACAGUCCCUUGCUUCCUCAAGUCGAUCAGUUGUGCAACCAGCUCACCAAACAACUGCAGCAACUCCAGCUCGAAUCCGAAAAAAUCAUGUACAUCUGUCAGAUGUGUGACCAUCGAGUUCUCGACGUUCUCUGCAACCUGCACGAAGAAGAAAUUCCCGUUUGCCCCGCAUGUGGCGAAGAUACCCUGCGAUUGCAGGCGCAGGCUUUCCAAACCUACGCCCAGUUGCGCUAUUGGGGAUUCAUGUUCGACCUUGAGUACAACCGAGAGAAAUUCCCGAAUGCAGGGGAACUGUUCGAAUCUGAAGCCGUGAGAGUCAUUGUCGAGUCUUUCAAAAUGAGGAUCGACAAAUUCCUGCAGUGCAACGGUUUUUCGAAUUUCUCGUUGAGAUCGUACAUGGAGAAGCUUCCGUCCUGCAAUUUCACUAAACGACCUAUAGUUUCGCCGGAUCUCGACAUCCCCUGAGGGCUUUUCCUGUUAACCUUCGCUUCACUGAAUUUACGGCAGAGAGCUCCCCCAUAGCCUCUGGGAAGCCAGACUCAGGAUAUAUCCGACGGAAUAAAAUCGAGAGCAAGCA